AUGGAGAUCAGAUGCUUAAUUAAUAAACUAGAAGGACGUAUUGAAAGGAAUAAAUCCUUAUCAAAGCAAAGGACAGGCUUUAUUCGUCAUAGACGAAUAAAAAGUAAUUCAGUAAACACAGAUUCUCCCAUGGAUGCACCAAAUUGGGCUGUCAAAUCAAGAAAUGAAGUCAAUCAUCAAAGUAGAGUACAUUUAUCUCAGAUUGUUUUGUCCCAGCCACAAACACCAUCAAGUAAUGCACUUUCUUCAUAUGUUGAGAGAUCAGAUUUCCAUGAAGAAGAAUUUAUCACUCCUACACAAUCAAGUACAGAAUCAAGCAACAAAACACUUAAUAAUACGCCAAAGUCUGUAUUAAUCAAUUCUAAGAAAAGAGCUUUGUUUCCUGAAAGUUAUGAUGAGUGGAGUCCUGAAGAAGAGCUCUAA